CAAACCACUACCUGAUUUGUUUACCCCCCGAAAUUUGCCGUCUCCUCGUCUCGCUCCUCUCCCUGCGCAGCCCCCAGAUCCGGCACCGCCCGCUCCUCGAUCCCCGCACCCCACGCCCGCAGGCCGGGACCGGCGGGGUCGCGCGCCGGGUAGGAGGAGGAGAAGAGGAAGGGUGGUAUGGCGGCGCCGCCGGCGAGGGCCAGGGCCGACUACGACUACCUUAUCAAGCUGCUCCUCAUUGGAGACAGCGGUGUUGGCAAGAGUUGCCUCCUGUUGCGGUUCUCUGAUGGUUCCUUCACUACAAGCUUUAUUACCACAAUUGGUAUUGACUUUAAGAUACGAACGAUAGAAUUGGAUGGCAAGCGUAUAAAGCUACAGAUUUGGGAUACGGCGGGCCAAGAACGCUUCCGGACUAUUACCACCGCGUACUACCGAGGAGCUAUGGGCAUCUUGCUGGUUUAUGAUGUCACCGAUGAAUCUUCUUUUAACAACAUCCGAAACUGGAUUCGGAACAUUGAACAACACGCCUCUGAUAAUGUCAACAAGAUUUUGGUUGGCAACAAGGCCGAUAUGGACGAAAGCAAGAGGGCUGUACCUACUGCAAAAGGACAAGCACUUGCUGAUGAGUACGGGAUCAAGUUUUUUGAAACGAGUGCGAAGACAAACCUGAAUGUGGAGCAAGUGUUUUUCUCCAUCGCACGUGACAUCAAGCAGAGGCUUGCGGAGACUGAUUCAAAGCCAGAGGACAAGGCAAUCAAAAUUAACAAGCCAGACCAGGGUUCCGAGGCACCAGCUGCCCAGCGAUCUGCUUGCUGCGGCUCAUAAGCAGAUGCACGAUGGCCAUAGCCUUUGGUUAUUUGACAUUAUUUAUUUCCCGCUUGGCUGUUAUAGGAAGGAUUUGAAGAAGCCACUUAUGAUAUACCGAUGUGGUUGUACUCGUGGUUGCUUCCAUUCUUUGAAGCAACCACCUCUUGCUGUUGACGUAGCUAUUGCUAUUGCUGGGAGCUAUUGCACUCUUGCAUUGGAUCCGUUGGAAAAACUCUCCCCUCCCUACAGUGUGUAAUGAAUGAAAUCCAUGUCGUUGGGUUUGC